AUGGAUGCGAUGUCAAACGAGAGCGACGCGUGGAACCGGAGCGCGGCUGGAGAGGAGACGUUCCGUUUUGAUGACACCGACGUGGGCGCCUUCCUGAGGAUCCUCAUCUCCGUGGUCUACUCGGUGGUGUGCGCCGUGGGCUUGGUGGGCAAUCUGCUCGUCUUCUACCUCAUGAGGCUGAGACAAGGUCGCAAGAAGUCGGCCAUCAACGUUUUCGUCAUCAACCUGUCCGUGACCGACUUCCAGUUCGUGCUGACGCUGCCCUUCUGGGCCGUGGACACGGCGCUGGACUUCAGCUGGCCCUUCGGGGGCGCCAUGUGCAAAGUGGUGCUGUCCGUCACGGUGAUGAACAUGUACGCCAGCGUCUUCUUCCUGACGGCCAUGAGCGUCACCAGGUACUUGUCGGUCACACGGGCGCUCAAGAGAUCGGCGCCCAGAUGGUCGCGGUGGGUCAAGUGGGUGUGCGCCGCGCUGUGGUCGGCGGCCACGGUGGCCACGGCCCCAACGGCGGUCUUCUCCGCGGUCACCGUGGUCGCCGGAGAAAAACUCUGCCUCCUGAAAUUCCCCGAAGGACACGACUGGCUCGCCCUCUAUCACGUCCAAAAGAUACUCGUCGCUUUCAUUAUCCCUCUGAUCAUCGUGUCCGUCAACUACCUGAUGCUUCUGCGCUUCAUUCGACGCAAGAGCAUGUGCACCGGCAACCGACAGAGGAGAUCCAAAGUCACCAAAUCGGUGGCCAUUGUUGUUUUAUCCUUUUUCUGCUGUUGGAUGCCAAACCACGCCAUCACCUUCUGGGGCGUCUUAGUCAAGUUUAACGCAGUCAACUGGGACCGGUCCUACUACAUGGUGCACGCCUACGUCUUCCCAGUCACCGUGUGCUUGGCGCACGCCAACAGCUGCUUGAACCCCUUGCUGUACUGUCUCGUGAGGCCGGAGAUCAGAAAGAUGCUCAGCGCUUUAUUCUGGAGGGCCCCCAGUCCGUGCGCCAACGUCGACAACAGCGUCAAGGGCUGCAAGGCGCACUCUGUCCGGACUCCUGCCAAUGUUGAGUGCACCUUGUCUGUCGUCGAUCACGAAGGAUUUGCAAACUCCAGUGUCGUUCUUAAAGCUGACAUUGAAGCCUAG